UUCUUUGUGAUUACAUUGUUGAGAUUUGUGCACAUUGUUGUUGUGAAUAAACAUAAAAAAAAGUAUAAAUUGUGUUGUUGAAAAAAAAAACAGAAAAAUGGAAGGCAGUCGGGUUCGAAAGAAUUGGAAACAAAAGAAAAAUCGUACACUUGUGGCAACAGAUCGUCGAUGUCCCAAGCCAUCUCGUCUUGUCGUAACUGACCAAAAAACUAACAUUCAAUUUCUCAUCGCCCCAGAUGCUCAAGUAAGUCUCUUUCCCAAAUAUCUCGUUGCGGAAAAUUCCGAGGAAAUUGAACAGAGCCAAGUUCUUGUGAACAAUUCCGGUUCGAUUAUCCACACUUUUGGCCAAAUCACGCGUGAAAUCGACCUUGGAUUAGGAAAGCUCUUCUCCUGGAAGUUCACACUUGUAGGUUUCGAGAGGCCGAUAAUCGGAAGGGAUUUUUUGUCGCAUUUUCGUCUAAAGUUUAAUUUCGAGAAAAUGUGCCUCGAAAAUCCCGAAACGGGACUGGAAACUAUGAGAAUUUCAACAGUCGCUUGCGAGUGUCACAGAAAUGAAAACUCUAAUGAUGGCUGGCCUUAUGUGACCGCAAUUUCCAAAAGAAGUGUGAAUCACCGAAAUCAUGUCACUGAUAAAAUUUCAAAAAUCCCAUUCCUAAUUGGCGCUGCUUCAGAAAUUAGCGUUUUCCCCAAAUCAAAAUUGAGUGGUGAGAAUCUAGAACCUUUUGAUGGAUCUGUUGAGCUCCAUGGAAACUGCGAAGAUGUUGCACAAGUUCUCGGUUGGACGACCCGGAAAUUAGAUUUUGGAACAGGUCGAGAAUUCACUUGGAAAUUUGCAGUCAUCACGUCAGGUAUGCCAAUAAUUGGUCUCGAUUUUCUACAUAAGUUUGGCCUUGUCCAGCAACUAAAAAUGGGAUAUUUCGGCCUUUUUGACACGCGAACGAAAAUAUCAACGCCUGCGCCCAGUUUUCCUUGCGGAUGUGGAAAUCGCGUGUCUGGUUGGCCCACAUUUACUUCCUUAGUUGUAGAACCGAUUUCGAGAUCUGAAAAUCGGCGAGAAGUACAACCGAGGCCUGGUACUUCAAGUGAAAAUUCUGGACCUUCCAGACAAAAUCUUCCAACUUUUGAUCGGAACUCUAGAAAUCAUACAAGUUUUAGAGGUUUCCGUGGAAAUUCGAGACCAUUCAGAAGGCAUCGUUCACGAAAAUCAAAAACAACGAAAGAGGAAAACUAUAACACAAAUCCCGGAAUGGAUCGCAACGUUGCAGAAAAGAAAAAUUAUUCGAAGAAGAAACGGUUCGAUGUAAAACAUCGUUUGCACGUUGACGAUAAGAAUUCGAAACUGCCAUUUUUAAUCGGUAUUGCUGCACAAGUUAGUGUUUUCCCAAAAUCCGAGGUGAAAGAAGAGGAUUUGGAACCUUUUGAUGGUUCUUUUGUCCUCAAAGGAUGUGGAGAAAUUUUCCCGAUUCUGGGAUGGACGACCCGGACUUUGGACAUUGGAUUACCAAACAGAUACGACUGGAAAUUUGCUGUUAUUGACGUCAGUAAGCCAAUCCUUGGCAUCGAUUUUAUAAGUCACUACGAUUUUUCAAUCAGUGGCCAAAGUCUCAUUGAUAAAAAAACUAAUUUGACGACUCCGUCGCCAUCAGGACCUUGUGACUGUGGGAAAGUCCCUGAUGGAUGGUCAGUUUAUGUUUUAACGAAAAUACAAGUUUCUGGUAUAUCCAAGCCUGAUAAUCAAAAAAAGGGAAUUGGACAAUCAAAAACGGAAUCUGGAGGAUCCGAAAAUGUAAAACAUCGCUCGCAUGCCGAUUCUCAGAAUUCGAAACUGCCAUUUUCAACCGGAAGUGGAACCGAAAUUAGCGUUUUUCCGAAACCCGAGGUGCCAGAAGAGGAUUUGGAACCUUCUGAUGGAUUCCAGUUUGAAAAUGAUGAAAUACUGGUUUCUCUUCCAAUAAAAUCUGAACCAUCAAGAGAAGAAUGUGGAUCAUCAGAAAUUGUUUCUGAAAACCUGAAAGAAGAACCAGAACCAAAUGAAGAUGUACCUCAUCGUUUUCACGUUGACGACAAAAAUUCAAAACUUCCAUUUCUCAUAGGCAGUGCAGUCGCAGUUAGCGUUUUCCCAAAAUCCGCGGUAAAAGAGGAGGAUUUGGAACCUUUUGAUGAUUCCUUUGAGCUCAAAGGUGCAAAUGGAGAAGUUGUUCCGAUUUUCGGAUGGACGAAAAGAACUCUCGACUUAGGAUUGACAAGAACUUUUUACUGGAAAUUCGCAGUCAUUAAUAUCGGCAAGCCAAUCCUUGGCCGAGAUUUCUUGGGACAUUAUCGUUUUGCUAUUUCCGGUGAGGGACUCAUGGAUUCUGAAACCAAUUUAAUGACUCCGCGGCCAAAAGGGCCUUGUGAUUGUGGCAAAGUCCCCGAUGGAUGGCCAAUUAUCUCGCUUUUGAAAAAAAUAUCUUCUCGUCCAUCUGAGACUGAAACUAAAGAAGACAAAUCUUAUAAUUCUAAAGAACCGAUUACUUCCGAAGAGUCUGAUACUUCUGAAGAUUCCGAUACUUCCGUAGAAUCUGUGAAAUUUAAAGAAUUUCCUCAACAACAGGAAGCAGUUGAGGAAAAGUUACAAUCUGAUGUGACACACCGUUUUCAUGUUGACGAUAAGAAUUCGAAACUACCAUUUUUAAUUGGUACUGCAGCCGAAGUUAGCGUUUUCCCAAAAUCCGAGGUAAAAGAUGAGGAUUUGGAGCCUUUUGAUGGUUCCUUUGAACUCAAAGGGGCAAUGGGAGAAGUUGUUUCGAUUUUUGGAUGGACGACCCGGUCUCUGGACAUCGGAUUAACAAAGAACUUCACCUGGAAGUUUGCAGUUAUUGACUCCAGUAAGCCAAUUAUUGGCAACGACUUUAUAAUUCACUAUGGAUUUUUAAUCAGUGGCCAAAGUCUCAUUGAUAAAGAAACAAAUUUGACGGUUCCGCCUCCAUCAGGACCCUGUGACUGUGGCAAAUCCACUGAUGGAUGGCCAACUAUCUCUCUUUUAACGAAAAUACCAGUUUCUGGUCAAUCCAAGUCUGAAACUGAGACAUCUGAUACUUCUGAUGGAUCUGUAAAGCUUAAUGACGAGUCAAAAAAAAAUGUCAAAGAAUCGGAAGAAAAGGUAAAACAUGAGAUCAAUCACCGUUUCCAUUUGAUGGAUAAGAAUUCAGAAACCCUAUUUUUUAUCUCCGAAAUGGCACAAGUUAGUGUCUUUCCAAGAUCUCAACUUGAAGGACGCUCGAUCCAAGUUCCCGAAGGAUCAGAAAUCAUCGAUUGCGUCAGAUUAGUCUUUCCAGUUUAUGGAUAUGUGACUUUGAAAAUCGAUUUUGGAUUAGAGAGAGAAUUCGAGUGGAAGUUUGCAGUCGUCGAGUCGUCGAGGCCUAUCAUUGGUUUGGAUUUUCUGAAGAAGUUUGAUCUCAAGACUGAUUAUGAAAUGGAGUAUCCUAGACUUGUCGAUCCAGAAACGCAGCGGAAAACUGCCGAAUUUACAGGACCCUGUAGCUGUGGAGAUUCUUACGAUUUCCCUCUUUCGACGAUUUUAAGAAAAUCAGAUUCGGAAAGUAUUGCCGUUCAGGAGAAAGAUACGAUCACUGGUACUCGUUGUGCUGAUGAGAAGUGUUCUCAGGAGGAACGAAUUAUUCUUGUCGAGAGAGAAACUCAAAUGCCGUAUCUUCUGUCUCUCGCGGCAGUGAGUGUUUUUCCAAAAUCAAAAGCAAGGGAGGUCGAAAUUGAGCCCUUUGAUGAUUCUUUCAAUCUUAUCAAUGACUUCGGUUCAGUCGUUCCAAUUUAUGGUUGGAUUACACGCAAACUAGAUUUUGGAUUGGGAAGAUACUUUAUGUGGAAGUUUGUUGUUAUCAAUGUCGGCAGGCCGAUGAUUUCAAAUGAUUUUCUAUCUCAUUAUGGUUUCACCGUUGACUUUGAGAAUAGAAGCGUUUAUGAUUAUGCGACUUCAAAAGCGGUCAUUGGUUCGAUUGAGUUUUGCAAAUGCCAGGCAAAAUGCUACUGGCCAGAUAUUUCGAUGGAAAAAAGAGCUAAGAAGGAGAAAGACAAUGUAUCCACGGAUUCGACUGGUUGUGAGAGUUAUUAAUGAGCAACGCUUUUAUGUUGGGACUAUCUGGAAGCUUAUUAUUAUAUCAGAAAGAUCUGCAAAUCCUGGAGAAAAAGAAAAAAGGCGGAGCAGAAAGUUAAUUCUGCAAAUUCAAGUUGAAUUUUUUUUAGGGAGUUAUUUCUAUAAGAGUUUUUUUAUUUUAUUUAAUCUGUUGUGAACGUUUCGUGUAAUGUGAACGUUUUUAUUCCUUUGAUUUAGUUUUAUAUCCUUACGUUUGUUGGUUUGUUGUUUAAAUUCCGUGAAAAACAACGUGUGUACGAGGUUUGCCUAUAUUUCUUUAUGAGUAUUAUUAAGGGAUAUUUUUUUGCUCUCUAAUUUUGUGUUCUCAAUAAAUUAACUAUAAUUGUUUACU